AUGGCCAAUAUUUUCUUACAGAAUCCUAACACAUGGAAAACUACUCUUUGUAUCUUCCUCCUAACCACGACCUUUUUGGUUGCGUACUCCGCAAGAAUCCUAGAUGAACUUGACUCUCAACCACAAGCUAUAAGUAAUCUACCUGGACCUGGUGCUGCUGCUGAUGCUGGCGCUGCCAUUCCUUCUGGUGCUGCUGGCGCUAGCGUUAGUGCUGCCAUUCCUUCUGGUGCUGGCGUUGGCGCUGCCAUUCCUUCUGCUACAGCCAUACCUCAAGUAGGCCCUAUUACCGCUUCGCCAAGUGGCAUAACACCUGCAGCCACAAACAUUGACACUGUGACACCGGGAUCCGGUGAAGUAGAUCCCAAUGCAGACCCUUCAGAGAAUGAACUAGCACCAGCUGAGGAUAUCGCUCCAGUUGGAAGUCCUACUACAGACGAAACACCAGAAGAACUUCCUCAACCAGAAGCUGAAGCGCCACUCCCGGUGGUGACAGCCAAGCCUGUGGCAAAAGAGCCGUCGUUGUCUUUCUUCAUGCAUGAUAUUCUUGGUGGAUCACAUCCAUCGGCGCGAGUGGUAGCGGGAAUUGUAGCAAACACUGAUGUAACCGGCUUACCGUUCUCCAAGCUCAACAACAAUCUCUUCCCGAUCACCGGAGGAAUUCCAUUAGUUAACCCGAAACUCAACGGCAUUGUCACGAGCAACAAUCUACCUAACCUCGUAGGCCUCAACGCCGCACAAUCUUCAACUGUAUUCAAAAACAGUGGCACCAGCAACACUGUCUCCGGCGGAAACAACCAGCCGUUUGUUUCCGCGGGAAAUCUACCUGGCGGAUUCACAAUCCAGAAGCUCAUGUUUGGUUCUGCAACGGUGAUCGACGAUCAGUUAACAGAAGAGCAUGAGCUUGAUUCUUCUGUGAUUGGUAGAGCACAAGGCUUUUACUUGGCAAGUUCGUUGGACGGUACUAGUAAGACGAUUGUUCUUACUGUUUUGGUGCAUGGUGAGCAGCAUCAUGAUGGAGUUGAUGACACUAUAAGCCUGUUUGGGAUUCACAGGACAGCGUCGCUGGAAUCUGAGGUAGCGGUGAUUGGUGGGACUGGAAAGUUUGAGAAUGCUAGAGGAUAUGCUGCAGUUGAGACACUUUUGAAGGAGGAUCAACAUACAACAGAUGGAGCUGACACCAUUCUGCAUUUCAAUAUCUAUCUCACUGAGUAG